GCCGCCGCCGCCGCCUCCUCGUCCGCCUCAUCGCCCCCCAUCGCCCUCCAUCGCCCCCUUCCCUUCCCCGCCUCCGGUCCAUGCUCUACGGGAACGCCCUGCCCGGCAACAAGCCCCGGUCCGGGCAUCCGGCCAUGCCGGCCGGGAACUACGUCACCCUUGAGCGCCUGCUCAACAGCCCGGAGCUCGAGGGCGCCAUCCUGUCUUCGUAUGUGGUGGAGCUUCCCUGGCUGAUUGCCCAUCUGCCGGGGGUCCAGCGCGGCGUGCCGGUGGUCCUGAUCGCGCACCAGGGCGCCGGGACCCCGGCCGAGGCGACCUCCCUCCGCUGCGCCGAGUACCCCUCGAUGCGCAUCCUGCUGCCUGCGUGUGCCGGGCGCGGGCUCUUCCACGCGAAGUUCAUGCUGCUCUUCUACCGGCAUUGCAUUCGGCUGGUGGUGUCCUCGGCCAAUCUCACCUCGCAAGACUGGACCGGCGGCGUGGAGCAGUUCCUCUACACGGAAACCUUCCCCAACCUGGCGGCGCCGGCCGGGGCUGCGGCCGCCGGGGCCGGCGGCUUCCCCCUGGCGGUGCCCCCUCCGCCGGGGACCCUCUGCGCGUGGGGCGGGGACCUCCUGCGCGUGGAUCUAGCCGGGUUCCUGCGCGAUCUCGACAUCCCGGAGGGCGUGUGGCGCAAGCGCCUCGAUGAGGCGGACAUGCGCGGGGCCGCGGCGCGUCUGGUUGCCAGCAUUCCCGGCACCCACCGGGACAAUCGGUAUGGGGUCCGGCGCCUGGCCGAGCUGGCGGCCCAGCUCCAGCCGGCCCAGCCGCCCGGGGCCCGGGUCACGCUCGAGUGUGUCACCGGGUCUCUCGGGGCUCUGUCGGCGGAUUUCAUCCAGCAAUUCACCCAGCCCACCGAGAAGUGUCUCAACCGGGGCGAAGGGGCCGCCCGAGUGUCGGUCCGUGCGGAGGUUCUCUUUCCCCCCCGGGCGGAUGUCGAGGACUCGGCCUUCGGCCCGGCCGCCGCCACCACCAUCUGCCUGCAGCGGCGCUUGUUCCAAGCGCCGUCCUUCCGCCGGGAUGUCCUCCGGCGGUAUGUGUCGCGUCGGGUGGUGGCCGGCCGGGGGCUCUUGAGCCAUGCGAAGAUCCUGCGCCUGCGUGUGGACCUCCCGGCCCCGGGGCCGGAGGAGGCGGCGCGGGCCCGGCGCGAGGCCACGGCCCGCGCGGUGGAGCGGCGCCUGGCCGGCGGCGAUGCGCCACCCCCGGCAGCCCCUCGGCCUGCUGUCCCGGCUGGCGCCGGCCGGCGGAUGUUCUACCGCGGCCGGUGGGUGAGCAUGGAUGCCUCGGAUGUCGGGGCCCUGUAUUCGGCCCUCGGGGUCGGGGUGGAUGGUGCUAUCCCGGUGGUUCGGCGCCGGACGAAUGUCAUCGAGUCGCCGUGCGUCUCCACCCCGGCCAGCGCCAGUGUCUUUGGCCCGCCGGCCUCCGUGUCGCCCUUUUCCCAGAUCCGGAGCGAUGGCACCCGGCCCGGCGAGGAGUCCUCCCAAUCGGACGAGGAGGAGGCCGACGCCCAUGGUGAUGCUGAUGCGGUGGUGGAUCUGACCGACUCGCCGCCGCGCCGUGCGCCCGGCAAGAUUGUCGGCUCCUGGCAGGAUCUCCUUGGCCCGGUGGAUCGGAAGCGCUCGGCUGCUCCGCCGGCGGCCUUCCAGCCGGCCAAGCGGUCGCGUGCGGCCCUGGCCGCCGGUCCUUUGGCCUCCUCGACCGCGGGCCCCGCACCGGAGGCCGCCUCGGCGUCUCUCAAACAGGCCGGCGAUGAUGGCACGGACGUUCACCCGGGGCCGGUUGUCUCCAGCUCCCUGUGGCUGUAUGUCGGCUCGCACAACUUCACCCAGUCGGCCUGGGGCGCCUGCUCAACCUCCAAAGUUACAGGCGAGGUCCUUUCCACACGCAUCGUCAAUUACGAGCUCGGUGUUCUCUUGGCUGGUGGGCCCGCCCUGGACCGCGCCCUGCCAUAUGAGAGUCCGGCGCCGAAAUACGACCCCCAGGACACGCCCUGGUUCGGCCUCGAGGCUGGCGACACCUCUCCAUAGACUUCCUCCGCUCCUUCCGCCGGUCGCCAACCGUUCGGGUGCAGAGAAAUAGACACACGCUAGCAUGCACA